AUGGCGAGUGCAAUGUCUUUGCCACCAUGGCCUCCCGCCGAGAUUCUAGAACCUACAAGAAACAAAUUUGUGACGGUGGAUGCAAGAGAUUAUGCUUUGCGCCAUGGGCUUGUGUAUCGAGCGCUACCCGCAGAGGAAGGCGGAAUGCCACCGCAAGAUACUACCAUCCAUGCGCCCCUGACCCUGCUCCCUACACCGUUUCCGCGAGACUUGUUUGAGAAAGCAAUGGACUUUGCACCGCUCUACAAUACGCUGUAUGCACGCGUGGCGACGGACAAGGAUUUUUUGAGCUCGGUGCUCCAAAAUUCAGUCGUGCAUGUAGACGAUUUUCAGCGUCGCUUGUACGAAAUUUGGACUGUGGCCGAGGAAGAAGGCACCACGCAAAGCACUCAGCUUGCUUUGUGCCGCUCUGACUACCUCGUGCAUAUGGCACCCCAAUCAACCGGCAAGCUGCGGCAGGUGGAAUUCAACACAAUUUCGGCCUCGUUUGGCGCGCUUUGCACACUUGCAUCCCAAAUGCACCAUUUUCUUUUUCGCAAAGGUGCCUACGAUGCAAUGGAUCCACUUAUCUCCAAGGCGAACAUGCCCAAAAACGAAGCACUUUCUGUGCUCGUGUCAGGGCUUGCCGACGCGCACAACUGCUAUGUCAAACAGCAGCGCGAGGAACAUCGCAUGAUAAAGCCCGCUAUUUUGUUCGUGGUUCAGCCCGAGGAGCGCAAUACAUUUGAUCAGCGCGCAUUGGAAAUGGAAUUGCUCGAAGAGCAUGCGAUCCCUGUGCUGCGUGCGUCGCUUGACGAACUCGGCACCAUUGCCUCACUGCACGGCGUCGAUCGGAUCCUUGCCAUGCAGUCUCCUAUCAGCUUCACUCCCAUAGAGAUCUCGGUGGUCUACUUCAGGGCAGGGUAUUCGCCGACAGAUUACAAGUCGGACGAUGCAUGGGCUACGCGGCUUCUGCUGGAGCGCAGUCAUGCGAUCAAGUGUCCCUCGAUUGCAAUGCAACUCGCGGGAGCGAAGAAGGUACAACAAGUACUUGCAGAACCCGGCGUUUUGGAACAUUAUCUGGGCAAGGAAGGCGAUCUGUUGCGCAGCACGUUUGCAAAGCUCUGGCCGAUGGACGACUCCCCGUUGGGCAAAGAAGGCAUGGCCUUGCUGCGCGAAUCUCCACAGGGCUUUGUGCUGAAACCGCAGCGCGAGGGGGGGAGCAACAACAUCUAUAAAGAUGAUAUUAUCCCUGCACUUGAUGCAAUGGAGGCACGCGACAAGGAACGCAAUGCAAAGCAGGGGGGGUCAGGCAUCAAGGAGCGCGAGGGCUACAUUCUCAUGAGCCUCAUUCGUACGCCGGAGAACAGGGGCAGUCUAUUUAUGCGUGCAGGCAAACAGACACCUGGCUCUGAGCAUGCCACGGAAACGGUCAGCGAGCUUGGCGUAUUUGGCACAAUGUUGUACAAGCCAGGCCCGUCCAAAAAAGCGCCUCUGGACAUGCUCUCGAGCCGUACCGGCGGUUAUCUAUUGCGCACGAAAGCCAGCGAAAGCAACGAAGGCGGUGUUGCUGCGGGCUUCAGUGUAAUUGACUCGCCACUAUUGUUCUAG